AUGUCUACCAUUCCAGACGCAAUUGACGUCUACAACUCGACGAUCAGAGAAGACGAUAGAAACUCGUACAAGAAUGCCUUGGCUGAACAAGGCGAUUGGAAUAACUGGUCCUUUGAGGUAGUGGACGGUUUCUUCGCCCAGCUGUUGCCUGAGACUGACGAAACCACGUUUGAUUACUUUAAGGAGCAUUUUGGCCGCUUGAAGCUGUGGGAUCAGACUUUCCAGGAGAUUGAGCAGCUCAAUGAGCAGUCAGACGACAAGACAGUCUAUAAGCUCUUCUUCUUGGGUCGCCAUGGCCAGGGUUACCACAAUUUGGCCAACUUGAAGUAUGGAGAGAAGGAAUGGAACAGAUACUGGCUGCGUGUUUGCGGUGACGACGAGAUGACAUGGGCUCCAGAUCCAGAGCUCACGGAAUUGGGUGUUUCCCAGGCUAAAGAUAACGAACGCCAGGUGGGCAUUGAGCUUAAGGAUAACAUGAAAUUGCCUACUAAAUGGUACUCGUCGCCAUUCCGUCGUUCUAUCGACACGCUUAUUGGUACAUGGGAGGGCCACGUGGAUAUCGCCAAAGUGUCGCCAUUGAUCAAAGAGGAUCUUAGAGAGACGAUAGGUAUCCACAUCUGUGACAAGCGUUCUCCUAGAAGCGUCAUUGCAGACAAGUACUUGGGCAAGGGCUUUAGAAUAGAGGAAGGAUUUGUCGAGGAAGAUAUUUAUUUUAAGAACGACUAUAGAGAGAAGGUUUGGGAGCAGGCGUUGAGAAUGAACAGACUGUUCAACUACAUCUUCGAUAACACCGAUAAGAAGAAGGAUCAGUUUGUGAGUAUCACGUCGCACUCCGGAUCCAUUAGAACUCAAUUAAUGGUAUUGGGCCACCGUGCGUUUGCCAUUGGCACUGGCGGUAUGAUCCCCGUGGUCGUCAAGGCAACGAAGUUGAGCAAAGGCGAGGAAGGGCUCACCAAAAUCAUCACUUAG